CUCCGCAGCCUCUGGCCACGUCUCAACGCUGCGCUUUGUGCACAAGCGGCCGCUGCCAGGAACUUUCUCCCGGCAGCUGGUGUCCGAGCACCGGGGGGGAGGAGAGCCGAGCCGAGCACCGCGCGGCGGAGGGACCGAACGGGCGGACGGACUGAGGACUCAGCACGCACCGGUCCCGGGCUCCGGGCAGCUCCAGGAAGAAACUCGCAGGACGACCGUGAUCGUCAGCCAUGAUGCCCCGCUGCAGAGUCAACCUCAGCACCAUGAUCUUCCUGGUCAUCCUGCAGGGGGCGGCGGUGGUGCUCUUCUGCGGCUGGUACGUCCAGCUCAACCCCUGCGGCUCCGCCCCCUCCAACGGGAAGGUUCACGUGGUGCUGCUGUCGUCGUGGCGGUCCGGCUCGUCCUUCCUGGGCCAGGCGUUCAGCCAGCACCCGUCCGUCUUCUACCUGAUGGAGCCGGCGUGGCACGUGUGGACGCGGCUGCAGAAGCCCGGCGCCCGGUCGCUCCGGAUGGCCGUGCGGGACCUGAUCCGCAGCGUCUUCCAGUGCGACCUCUCGGUGAUGGAGGCUUACCUCCCGGACAACCACAACGUGUCGACGUUGUUCAUGUGGAGCCACAGCAGGGCGCUGUGCUCGCCGCCGGCGUGCCCCCUCACGCCGCGCAACCAGCUCAGCAACCAGACUCUCUGCAUGCAGAAGUGCGACGCUCGGGGCCUGCAGAGGGCGCAGGAGGCCUGCGCCACCUACAGCCACGUGGUGCUGAAGGAGGUGCGCUUCUUCGAGCUGGAGUCCCUUUACUCGCUCUUUCAGGACCCCGGCCUCGACAUUCGAAUCGUCCACCUGGUGCGAGACCCGCGGGCUGUGAUGCGGUCCCGGGAGGCGUCGGCCAAAGCCUUCAUGAGGGACAACAGCAUCCUGCUGGAGCAGAGGAGCGUCCCGGCCGCCGAGGUGCAGUACCAGGUGAUGCAGGAGAUCUGCCGCAGCCACGUCCGCAUCAACGAGAGGGCCGUCCUGAAGCCGCCGCCGUUUCUGAAGGGCCGCUACAAAAUGAUCCGCUACGAGGACCUGGCGCGCAACCCGCUGGAGGAGAUACGCGCCAUAUACGAGUUCGCGGGUCUGGAGAUGACCACGCAGCUGGCAGAGUGGAUUUACAAGGUCACACACGGGAAGGGCAAGGGCGCCAAGAGCGAGGCCUUCAAGAUCACCUCGCGAAACGCCGCCGACGUCUCGCAGGCGUGGCGGACGUCGCUGCCUUACGAGAAGGUGAAGCGUAUCCAGGAAGUGUGCAAAGGCGCCAUGUCGCUGCUGGGAUACAGGACGGUGAGCAGCGAGCAGGAGCAGAAGAGGCUGGACAUCGAUCUGCUGGUGCCCCGGGAGCCGUACCAGUUCAGCUGGUUACCGACCAAGACGCAGCAUCCCGGCGAUGAUUAGCAGACGUUAGCGCAGCAGAGACUCCGCAGGAAGUACGAACUGCUCCCCGGCCGGUUUCAGGCUGUUCUGGGUACUGCAGACUGACCGAUGCACUGUAUGAACGGAGGAAGCUCUACCGGCGGGAAAUGUGCCAUGUUAACAAGUUUCACAACAUUUGGAGUGCAAAGUUACCUUGAUCCUCAACACUCCUUCACAGGAUGAAGCAUUUCAGAAGUUUUUAUGAACCUUAAAUGUAACACAAAUCCUGAAAGUGAAGCAAUUUAACCACUAAGUAAAAAUACUUAGUGCUACCCUCUGUAAAGAUUUUUUUUUUAACCCCGUGCUAUAAUUUUGCUCCACUCUUAAAUCAUGAGGAAAGGAGCCAAUGAACUAGAGCGAAAAACAUCACGUCACUGAUUUUACUUCUCAGUCAUUUUGAAAAAGCAUCAAGAAGCUACAAUGUUCCGCUGAGCUGAUUUUCUCUGUCAUUUUCAGUCAGAAGAAAAAAAAAAAACGAGAUUUAAGAGUUCACAGCUGUUUAUUAUAUUUUAUUCUGUCUUGACCUGCUGCAGCCACUCGCUCUUUGAGCAAAAGCACAAUGCAAAACAGACAUAUCAGUCCAGUUAUUACAUCUUUUUCCCUCCUCACACCAGAAGAACAGCUUCCAACGCUUUUCUAACCACUCAAAGUUACAGUCAAAAUCAGCUCCUUGUAACUUUGUAGCCUUCUGUUAUUUUUAUACUUUUAACUAAGACGUCUUGAUGAAAAAUAAAUAUUUCAUUAAAACAGGCAUUUUUUAGCAUUGAAUUUCCCACACGUAUGAUGGAGACUCAUUUAUGAAAUGAUUUAUAGCACAAAACCAAAAGUUGUAACACUUCGGCUAUUUAUGAAGACUUUGAACUUGGAAAGCAAGAUAUGCAACAAAAACUAUUAAGUCAGUGUAAACUUCAUCACGUGUGAUUUUUAAAAUGUGUGCAACUGUUUUUCGUUUGUUUUUUGUUUUUUCUAUUAUUUGAAAAUAGAUCUGUGAAAUCCAAAUGUCUUAAAAAAAACACACCUUUCCUUUUUAGACCCUAUUUCCAGUAUGUUUUCAAGUGAAAACGGUACAUGACAGAGUCACUGAAAACAACUUGCUCUCUCUGGAGUUCAUAUCACAUCCCAAUGGUUGUGAUCUGUAUGACUCUCCCUCUGUUUCCCCAAAGUGGUACGGACCAGUAUGACAGGUUGGCAAGGUGUUUACUGUGAGCAGAUAAUUAUCACUUCGUCAACUGCGUGACUGUUGUUUCCUGAUAUGUAUGCUGUUCCUGGUAUCUAAGUUCCUUUGGCGAAUUGUUGGUUCGUUUUCGUUUUGUUAUUUUACAUUUUCACACUUUUUUUUUUUAGAUAAUAUUAUUUAUUAAUAACUAAUUCUAUAAACAUCACAGCACCACUGUCUUCAACCAUCGUAGCAAAACAAAUUAUUCAAUUGAUGUUUAUUAACAUCAAAGUACAUCGCCUGGUGUGAUGUGUCCAUGAAGGCACUCAGUGGAAAAAAUGUCCUAAAAAUUCUGAACUUUUUGAAAAUGCUCUGAAUCACUACAAAAAAACAAGCAGCAGCACCCAAUACUUGCCCAACAUCAAAACUACAUCGUUUUUCAAAAUGUUUUCGUGUAAACGCAAAACUUUUCUGAAACUCAAACGCGAUUAGUUUUGUCAUGAAAUGUUGUGUAAACGUGUCGUUGAAGUGAAGUUGGAGAGAAUGUGGAGUUCACUGAAGCUUUCAACACAUCGUAAAUCUGUGAAACUCAUCUCUCGCUGCGAGUUUUCCUCGUGUGUCACAAUCGGUGACACAUUUCUCGCUGACAGAUAUGAAGAUGUGGCCGGGCGUGAAUGUGCUCACUGUUCUUAUUUAUGUUUGUACAUUAUUUUAAGUGUUGAGUGAUUAAUUAAUAACGACGCACUAUAAAUGACUUGUGCAGUUUGACAGCGAUGGAGGAUCAGAGCAUGUCGGAGUAAAGUCGUGUUGAUUUCCGUCUUCUUGGUGGGAUUACAGAGAUUCCGACACUGUGAGGAGUUCUGAUAUUUAUUUUGAUCGAUCUGUUCGUACCAUGAGCUGUGAAGACAUUUCCUUUGAAUGUGGAUUUAUAAACUGUGAUAAAGUUGAACUCAACUCUUCAAAAAAAAAAAAAAAAAACACUUGACAUGUGUGUCUACUUCAAAAUAAAAAACCCUGG